AUGUCGCUACCGUCUCCGCCGUCCGACGCGCGGUAUGUGGUCUCCACCAUCACGCUAGAAAUUCCGCUCGCCGAGCCUAUCAAACAGGAUUCACCCACUCCGUAUACCUAUCAGGAAGGAGGCACCACCAAGCCGCUGCUCACCAACGAUACGAUCCUCCUCACCAUCUACUAUCCGAGCUCGCAAGCAAACGCCAGCGCAAAUGGUCGCACGCUCGACUGGCUCGAAGCACCCAAGCUGCGCUCGAUUGGCGGUUUGCUCAAAUACGCAGGUGUUCCCAAGUACCUCGCUCUCCCCAUCGUUUUGCCCGCAUACAGCGUCGUUUCACAAAAGCUCCCAGUCGCUGUCGAUGCCACCCUUGCCUCUAAUGGCCCCUCGAAUGGCUUCGCCGUAGCUGUAUUCAGUCAUGGUAUGGGUGGUACAAGAACCACCUAUUCUGCAUACUGCACUUCGCUCGCGCAGUCGGGUAUCGUUGUUGCCGCCGUCGAGCACCGCGAUGGAUCUGCCGCGUCGACGACAAUCCACCGUCCGCUAAAUGAGGAUCAUCAAGCUUCUUCGGGCUGGUUCCGGUGGCUCUACAGUGUCUCAAACGGCGUCGAGAACAAGAUCUAUGUGCAUCCGGCAGAAGUCGAUGGCAAACCCGAGCCAAUGGACGUACGUCGCGCCCAAGCCGAAUUCCGUCGACGCGAAGUAUUGGCCGUACUAGACAUUCUGGUGGACAUCAACAGCGGUAAAGGUAACACGCUUGUCCGUUCGUGUACCCGAUCGCAACGUGAAGAUGCAAAGGCGCGUGAGAGCCGUUGCAAGGUGCUGGCCGAGUUCACUGGUAAGCUCAAUAUCCAGGAUCCAUGGUUGAUCGGACACAGCUUUGGAGGCUCAACUGCGAUCCAGACGCUCCGAGACACAAAAUGUCCGUUUGGCCAAGCGCUCGUUCUCGAUCCAUGGGUCGAGCCGGUUCCCAUUAGCGGGGCUGAUGUAGUUCCGGUGAGCAAACCGCUCUACAUAAUCAACAGCGAGGAUUUCACGCAGUGGAAGUCGCACAUGAACGACGUGACCACGAUUGCACGCGAGUCCAAGGCGAGCACUGGCGGAAAAGGCUGGCUGAUGACGAUUGGUGCUGAAGGCACCGAGAAAUCUGACUCGACCGUUGCGGCCUCAUCACUACGACUUUCACCACCAUCGAGACUUGUUAUUGUACACGACAUGUUCGGCACGCUGUUCAGUCUGUCUGCAUGCAUCGAGGCGCUCGUCUCGCUGUUUCCAGAUCAGUUGCAUGAGGCAGAAGGCGUACCCAAGAUCGUUCCCGAGCUGGUGGUGAUGGACUGGUUCCAUGGUACUCAGCGUGACUUUACGUACUCGAGCGUUUGCGGACAGUACAGGCCCAUUGGUGAGGUCUUCAAGGGAACACUGCCCCGUGUACUGCUGCAAGCCGGCAUCUUACCCAAGAAAGAUCGCAAGGGUAAAGCUCUCGCGCAAGCAGGAUCGUUCCAAGACGACGGACCUGCAGAAGAAGCUCUCGAGAAUCCGUUUGACGCCGUGGUGGAAGAGACCAUGAUGGGAGCGCUUAAGAAGCUUCAGCCGCGACCAGGAAUGGUAGAUGCGCUUACACGCAUCUACCGUGACCGCGACGGCAAAAAGCGUCUACCGCCUUGUGUCGACAAGAUAGAUAUAUGGGCAGCCACGAAUGGAUCGCUAGAGCUCGGCCGUUCAUCGUUCCUGCGCGUUCUAGGUGAGAGCGAUGGCGCCGAUAUCGACAGCGCGGCCGCUCGCUGCGCUCGCUCUGACAAGGACAAUACCAUUGGAUCUGGCAUCGGCUUGUUUAGCUGUGACGAGAUCGGCGCUGCUAAGCCAGAUCCCAGAGUCUAUGCCGAGGUGUUGCGCCGGAUCAAGGCCGAACCCAUCGACGCCAACGCGGCCAAGAAGGAAUACCCGGGCAUCUGGUUUGUCGCCUCGCAUACUUGGGAUACAUUUGCCGCCAAACAAGCUGGCUUUCGUACUGCAUGGGUGACCUACGAAGAAUUCUUCCCUUGCGCUUCUGUCUACGGUACACCAGAUGUGGUCGGGCGAAACCUGGAAGAGGUCUCGGAAAAGAUUCUUGCCUUUGAACGCGAUCUUGCCACCAAGGCGGACGAUGCAGCGCCAGUGAAGGGCUGGACAUAUCAUAAGGAGCGGCAGGAGCAGACCAAAGCAGCGAGUCAACAUACUUCGUUCUCGGAUUUCCCGUUUUUGUUGCCAAACAUGGCCAAAUUUGUCGGCAGCGUAUCAUCGAAAUCGAUCCUAGAUGUCAACAGCGAAGUUACAAAGCGCAUGAUUUUGGAGGGAAAGAGAGAGGAGGCGGACGGAGUGUUUUCUGGGCUCAAAGGCAACAAGGAUGAAACUGAAUGGAGGAUCUGGAAGGAAGGUCGAGCUCAACCCGAUGACCUGGUGGCUGAGGCAGCGAUUGGAAGCGAUGGUAAUCGUCAAGGAAGACUCGUGGUCCACGCUCUGUAG